AUGAAAGCUAUGCAAAAAGUGUGAGAACUACACGGCUAGAAUUACUCACAUUGAGCGGGGCGUAUUAAAAACAACAUACAUCUCCUCUAGAUUAACAUUCAACAUCGCGAUUAACAUUCAACAUCGCUUGAUUAUAUCUUCAUGACGCUCAAGCAAAUAAUCGACAUGAUGAGAUAACAUCAUAUUCACCCGAGUACACAACACCAACACAGAAAAAUUCAUGAUUACUAAAUUGCAUUGAUAUCGAAGGAACUAGACUCAGUUCCGAAUUAUCACAUACUCGAGCCGACCUGACCGCGUAGCUCAGUUGGCAGAGCAUUGGGCUAGUAUUCCAAAGGUCGUAGGUUCGAUUCUCACCGUGGCCAGGCAUAUUUUUCAAGCUUCCCCGGUGUGGAUAUACACUCAAAUUUAUACACAAGCAUCAUAUUCACGAUUCACCUGAGUACACAACACCAACACAGAAAAAUUCAUGAUUACUAGAUUGCAUUGAUAUCGAAGGAACUAGACUCGGUUCCGAAAUAUCACAUAUUCACAUACUCGAACCGACCUGACCGUGUAGCUCAGUUGGCAGAGCAUUGGGCUCAUAGGAUUGGGCUAGUAUUCCAAAGGUCGUAGGUUCGAUUCCCACCGUGGUCAGGCAUAUUUUUCAAGCUUGCCCGGUAUCGAUAUACACUCAGAUUCAUACACAAGCAUCAUAUUCACCUGAGUACACAACACCAACACAGAAAAAUUCAUGAUUACUAGAUUGCAUUGAUAUCGAAGGAACUAGACUCAGUUCCGAAAUAUCACAUACUCGAACCGACUUGACCUUUGUCUCAGUUGGUAUAGAGCAUUGGACUAGCAUCCCAAAAACUCCCAAAGGUCGGGGUUCGAUUCCCACUGUGGUCAGGCAAACUUUUCAGCUUGCCCGGUGUGGAUGCACACUUAGAGUAACAUCACAAACAUCAUACUCACCUGAGUACAUAACACCAACACACAUGAAAAGUAUAAUAUCACAAUUGUUGUAAAGAUAAAAGAGUCUAGCGGGCUAAGUAUGUAAUUAGGGUAAGGCAAUUGCUAGAUAGUAUACUUCAAAAUAAGGUUUCCGUUUGUAUAUCAUUUUUUUAAAUAAGUUAGGGUUAGGUUAGGGUGAGGUUAGGGUUGUGGUUAGGGUUAGUAUUAGGGUUUAGUUUUGCGUUAGGAUGGUUUUUCUGACGGAAACCUUAUUUUGAAGUAUACUUUCUAGCAAUCACCAAAUGGGGCUAUUCCAUUUAAUAUCCGUAACCGCCCUAUCGAAGACCUUGGAAUUCUUCAGGGGUAAGAUCAUUUUUAACCCUGGAAUUCCUCGUGCAGAAUUCGUACCCUCGCUCCGGGUUUACGGGUAAACAGAUUCUCCUGUGGAAUUCUUCAGGGGUUGGUUAUUUUGACUGAUAUUUCCUCAGGGGUCAGAUGUAAAAAUUGAAAUUCUUCAGGGGGAAAUGCUGAUUUCUUCAGGGGUAAAUGCUAUUGACAGGUAUUCUUCAGGGGAACUCUUUUAUGUCAGGAAUUUUUCAGGGGUAUGGUAAAACCUUUGUCCACGACAGGGGGGUUACGUAAUUUAAAUGGAAUAGCCCAAUGACUCUUCCAACGUAGCUGUACAGACUCCGUGAUCAGACAUGGGUCAUAUAAAGGUGGUCCUUCGUAAUUUAGCGUAGCUGUUUAUUUCCGAGUGCUAUACUGUAUGGCAGUAUUAAUUUUGUGAUUUUCUUUCCAGUUAUUUAUUGAAUCCAUUCACCGUUGCAUCGUGCGUCGCUCAGUCCACGGCCGUUAUCACGAAUCUUUCCGUAACAGUCGCUUUGUAUUUCGCGCUUUUAGGUAAGUUACGUAAUAUUUUACUAAUCCGACUACGAGGACUGGACUAAACUAGUCCAGUCCGAAUGGACCUUUCCCCUUUUGAGUGAAAUUUUUAUCUAGACAAGUCUGGACAAAAUUUCAUCACAGCUUGAAAGAGCAUCACAAAAUUAGUAAUAUUCCAAAGUUUCGUUGCGAAAUGUUGUAAAAUGCGGAUAAUAUAGCCUUGCGAAGUUUGCCGUUUUUCAGUCAUUUUGAUUACAAAUGGGAAAUUGAUAAUCAGUUUGAUCAUCUGAUUAUCAAUUUCCCGCUUGUAAUGCAAAAUGACUGAAAAACGGCAAACUUCGCAAGGCUAUAUUAUCCGCAUGACAACAUUUCGCAACGAAACUUCGGAAUAUUACUAGUUUUGUGAUGCUCUUUCAAGCUGUGAUGAAAUUUUUGUCCAGGCAUAUCUAGAUCAAAAUUUCACUCACAAGGGGAAAGACCUAUUGGAGGAUUUGAAAUGACAUCUCCUACGAAUAAAUCACUACUUAAAGUUAGGUGAAUUCAUUUUUAUCCAGUCCAAGACUGAAUUAAUUUUGAUCAAGGGCAUCAAGUCCUAGCCCUAAGACUGGAUCAAUAUUCUUCAUCAGGUAUCCAGUAUUAUCAUGUGAGCAAAAUACAGCAAUAUAAUAUACUCAUGAAUUAUUAAUGCACUUGAGAUCAUUAGAAAAUGUUGUUAGGGGCAUAUCGCACUAGACUCUCAGAAGUCCCGCUCUUUUUCGACUACCUAAGGCUAAGUAUCUUCACACGAGAACCUGCACCGCAAAUAAGCUUGAUCCAGGAACCUCACGCAACUGAAUCUUUUGUACAAAAUCGAACCAGCCAAAAUAACUCUAAAUGAUCUUGUUAAAAGAUUUUUCAUGCCAAGAUUCUUCUCAAAAUUUUAACACGUUCUUUCUUCUAGGAUCCGCGCCAUUAUCAAUGUGUUUUAUCGCUGUUGCGGCGUACAAGUCUCUUUAUCCAAUCAUGCUGAUUGUACCGAUCACACUCAUUCUUAUUCAAAAGGUAACAAAAACUUGUAUUAUGAAUGGGAAAAAAUGUUUAUCCGCACGUUUGCUGCAUGCUGCUGUAAAGGCCAUGAUAACUUGGUCAAGCCUUAAAAUAUCUUUAAGUUGAAUGGUUAUGCCGAAGACAUUCAACGGCAUAACCAUCCAAGUUAGGCCUAUGUAACAUAUUCAACUUAGAUGUUUAUGCCGUUGAAUAUGUUCGGCAUAAGCAUUCAACUUGGAUGUUUAUGCCGUUGAAUAUGUUCAGGCCUACUUUGGGGGUCAAGGUCGCCGUUAUUAUGUGCAAAAUUAUGCAACAUUGGGCGACAUUGGCAAUUUCAAAGAAAAGUAGUAUGCAUCGCUGGGUGAAAUUAACCGGGCGAUAUUAGACAAAAUUAGGCGACAUUAGGCGAAUAGACUGUUAGGCAAAGUUCGAAAACUGAUUGGGUGCACUUGGCCAAAAUUAGGGGACCUUGGCCCCCAAAGUAGACCUGUCCGUGACCGACCUAUUUUUUUAAGGCCUCCAGUGGCGGAAAUUCACUUUUUCCGGUGGGGGGGGGGGCAAAGCCUCCUAAAUUUCCGACAAAACUCUCAAAUUUCCGACAUACCCCCCCCCCCCCUUCCAUCUGCACUCGAAAAGACUGUUUUUAGCCCUCUUUUAGGUCAAAAUUUCCGAAAAUUCGUCAAUUUUCCGUGAAGGUGGGGGGCGGCCGCCCCACCAAGAUUUCCGGCACUGAAGGCCUGAAACUAAAGUUUUAAUAGUGAAAUAGAACGAAUAAAAGUUGGUAGUUCGACGUUUCCGUCAGAAUUAAACUUUAGUUACUGAACAAACAUUCUGUAAUCCUUAAAACAGGGUAACUUGAUAUGGAUUUUGACAAUUAUGAUGUGAUUUAACACCUUUUUUCCAACUUCAAAAUUUUGUAUUUAGGAUAGCUAUAGCCCAAAACUUAGUACUCCAAUGUCAACGCUUCGCUGUGUCAUUUCAACACUUGCCUGGUUCUUGUUUUGGAUCGGACUCUACCUUGGACUCUCUCGCGCCAUUGUUGGAUCAUGGGCGUUCCUAGACGCAACUUAUGGAUUUAUGUGAGUAGAAUUACCAUUACACUGCCGUCAAGCUCAGAGUUAUGUUUCCUAUUGCCAAAAUUGACUUUCUUUGGUGUAAAAUAGAUAAUGGGACAAGUACUGGUGUAAGACAUUGUGUAACCUAAGUAAUUAGAGGACUAGUAUUCAAAAUUGUUGUUAUUUACUCCAAUUUCUAUGGCAAACUGCACAUACGUGAUAAACUAUAUGGCAAAAACGAUUAUAGGAACUAAAAAGGUGAAAUAUUUAGUGGGAUACAAUAAGGACGAGAGAUAGAAAAUGAGUAGGAAAGUCAACCCUGUACGUGUUUCGACCUAACGAGUCUUCUUCAGCAGGGUUUUUUAAGGAGGGUGUAGGUAGAAUUUGAAGAGGAAGGAGAGUUUAAUAAUAAUAAUUUAAUGCUUAUAUCGCGCAAAUUUACAUUCAUAUAUGAUCAAAUGCGCGUUUAGGAGUUCGGAUAAUAAUGUCAGACCAAGAGAAACAAAUUAUUACAAAGUUAUUGAAUAUAACCAAUUGCACCGUAACAAAUCUUUUUUUCCUGGUCGCCCGGUCCGUCCCACGUCGCAAUGCGCAAGCACGUGGUUCCAAAUCUGUUCGGGAUGCUCGCUUUGUCAAAUCCGCUUUGUGAAUCAAAAUUUACACAUUGGUCAUUUGAUGAAAUGAAACUGAGUGUACGAUUGAUGUUUAUUUGACAGUCUGAGAGUUCCUGACCUCACACCAAACAUGGGUUUGUUCUGGUAUCUUUUCCUGGAAAUGUUUGAUCACUUUCGAGAAUUUUUUAUCCUGGUGUUUCAACUCAACGCUUUCUUUUAUGUCAUUCCUCUAUCCUCUCUGCUCAGGUAAUUCGCACUAAAAUUUAUUGAUGUUCAUAAUGGCAUACAUAUGUAGAAUCUUAUAAUAUAUUUGUGAAGUAAUAUAGUUAAGCCUUGGUGUAGCGAGAGUUUGCAUGAGACUUGAGAAGCGAGAGGUUGCAUGAGAGUUGAUGAGAGUUGAGAAGCGAGAGUUUGCAUGAGAGUUGAUGAUAGUUGAGAAGGGAGAGUUUGCAUGAGAGUUGAUGAGAAUUAAGAAGCAAGAGUUUGCAUGAGAGUUGAUGAGAGUUUGAGAAGCAAGAGUUUACAUGAAAGUUGAUGAUAGUUGAGAAGCGAGAGUUUGCAUGAGAGUUGAUGAGAGUUGAGAAGCGAGAGUUUGCAUGAGAAUUGAGAAACGAGAGUUUGCAUGAGAAUUGAGAAACGAGAGUUUGCAUGAGACUUUUCUCGACUUUCAUGCCCUGGUCAAACGAGAACAAGAGUUGCAUGACAGAGGAUUUACCGUGCGUAUACCGAUCAAAUGAGCGUAACCUCUUAUCAAGUUUCAUCGAAAUGCUCAAAGUUGAUUAGAUUUGGCGGUCGAACACGAAAAAGAGUUGUACAGUACUUAGCUCUUCUCAACUGUCAUCCUCGAUUGACUGUUGCUUUAAAAAGAGGCUUUUGCUUCUGUCAUUAAAUAUUAAGUGUACACUUGAAUAAUGUGUUCUUUUUGUCCCAUCUAGAAAUGAUCCUGUGUUCUUAUUUUACACGUUAUCGUCAGUUACUGCAAUUUUCAAGUCGUAUCCAGCUUUUGGUGAUUUUUCCAUUCCGUUUGCAUUGCUAAUAUCAUGGAGUCACCUUUAUCCAUGUAAGGUCAUGUUGUCACAAAAUACACGCAAGAAACUUUGCCCACAGUACCUAGAUAUCCAGUAAGGACAUCCCGCAUCCCUUGUUCAUCCAGUAUUACUACAGGAGGAAACCUAAAUUAAACUAACUUUAUUUAUACUGGAUAGCUCUAUCAGUUCUAAACUGUUCUUCCUAGAGGUCCAGCAAGGAUUAUCUCUUAUUGAUCCAGUGUUACUACGGGAGGAAACCUAACCUAAACUAACUUUAUUUAUACUAGAUAGUUCCAUCAGUUCUAAACUGUUCUUCCUAGAGGUCCAGUAAGGAUCAUCUCUUAUUGAUCCAGUGUUACUACAGGAGGAAACCUAAACUAAACUAACUUACUGGAUAGCUCUAUCAGUUCUAAACUAUUCUCUUAAUUCAUUUUUUGUAGAUAUGAAGAAUGUGUUCGUCGUUGGUUGUAUGUUUCUGUUUUCGUCAGUCCUGAUGCCAUUAUUCUGGUAUCUUUGGAUUUACGCAGGAAGUGCUAAUGCUAAUUUCUUCUACGCUGCAACCUUGGCUUAUUCCACUGCACAGGUGAGCUUCUGAACUGCUGUCAUGUACUAAAGGCCAUGUUACACGGUGCAAUUUUUCUUGCAACUUGCAAUGCAAUUCUACUCUUGAGAGAUGUAAAAUUGCCAAAUACGAGUCUUCAUUACACUCCGCUGAUGUUUUCUGAACAUAUCGAAAAUUCUUCACUGAUUUCACUAAUUAACAUCUCUCAAGGGUAGAAUUGCAUUGCAAGUUGCAAGAAAAAUUGCACCGUGUAACAUGGCCUUAAGGGAUUCUUUUCUUAUAUUAAUAAUACUUUAUGAAACGUAGUGGUCCAGUAUAGGUAGUAUUCUACAAUAUAAGCUGUCAUGGUUUGUGUCUGAACUGCCUGAAAAAUAUAUCUCAAACCAGGUGGUCCAGUGUAGGUAGUACUCUACAAUAAACUGUCGUGGUUUGUGUCUGAACUACCUGAAAAAGAUAUCUCAAACACGGUGGUUCAGUACAGGUGGUAUUCUACAAUAAGCUGUCGUGGUUUGUGUCUGAACUACCUGAAAAAGAUAUCUCAAACGUGAUGGUCAAGUGUAGGUAGUAUUCUAUAGUAAGCUGCCGUGGUUUGUGUCUGAACUACCUGAAAAAGAUAUCUCAAACGUGGUGGUCAAGUGUAGGUAGUAUUCUACAGUAAGCUGCCGUGGUUUGUGUCUGAACUACCUGAAAAAGAUAUCUCAAACGUGGUGGUCAAGUGUAGGUAGUAUUCUAUAAUAAGCUGCCGUGGUUUGUGUCUGAACUACCUGAAAAAGAUAUCUCAAACGUGAUGGUCAAGUGUAGGUAGUAUUCUACAGUAAGCUGUCGUGGUUUGUGUCUGAACUACCUGAAAAAGAUAUCUCAAACGUGGUGGUCCAGUGUAGGUAGUAUUCUACAAUAAGCUGCCGUGGUUUGUGUCUGAACUACGACCAUUCAUGGUCAUGAAGUUAACAAUCAAGUGCUAAUUAAAAGCAAUUAGCAAACAUUCUCUAAAAUUAUGCAUAUUAUUACUGUUAUGCCAAAAAUAUAUACUCAUCGUUUGUGUUCUCCUUUAACAGAUCUUUCUUCUUGGUGACGUCAUAUUUUCUUUUCUACGUCGGAAUUUCGAUCUUGAACAUGGAAUCUCGCGAAAGCUUGUGGAUGGUGAACGUAUGACAGUCAUUCUGAAAUAA